UUUUUUUAUAUAUUCAUACAAACACAAGCCUGUAUUGGUUAAGCCCUUUUAGAGGUCUUGUUUAAUUAAUCUUUCAGGUAUCACUAUGGAGACACAACAAUUUGAUGAUGACACUUUCUAUGCUGAGAUUAAGAGGCAGAUUCUGCAAUUGACAUCUGAAGAUGAUGAAUUAUUAGAAAGAAAAAGUUUCAACCAAGCUGCUAUUAUUGGUGAUGAUGGUUCAACAAGGUUAGCUUAUAAAAGUACAUCACCACUUGCAAACGAAUUUUGCUCAUGGGAAACACAUAGCUCAGGUUCACCUGAAUGGCUUGUGAAUUUGAGGAAGAGUGGAAGAGGCACUGGGGUGUUCAUUCCCCAAGUUGUGACUGGUAAAAAACACCAGAGACCAGGAACAAUGAAUAGCAGAAAACAAAUAUAUAGGCCAGUGGCCAAUAAGUAUUGAAGAAACUACCAUUUCUAAGUUUGUGUUCAGUAGAAAUUGAAGAUUAUUUGAAUAAUUUAGAGAAGGGUCAAAUUGCAAGUGGAAAGAUGGGAAGCAGCUGAAAUUUUUUUAUACCAGAUCCUCAAUUUAAGAGGCACUAUGUACAGAAUUUACAAUAAAGUUGCCUAGAGUCUUGUGAAAUUGUUUAA